AUGGUCGAAAAUCAGCUUUUAGAACUUUUGCGUUAUUCAGAUAAAAAAAGGAGGAGCAUGGCUAGUAGGGAACACGAAACGAGCGCGCAACCGUGGGGGACGUUAGAGGAGCUUUUGCUCGUGUGCGCCGUGAACCGCCACGGCCCCAACAGCUGGGACUCCGUCGCGUCGGAGCUUCACUCCCGAAGCUCCUCGUCCUCCGCCGCGCCGGCCCUCACUCCUCACAGCUGUAGGGACAAGUUCGACGACCUCAGACGCAGAUACGACGCCGCCGCCGACGCAGACGGCGGCGUUGAUGUGAUGGUUGACGAGCUCCGCAGGCUAAGGGUCGAGGAGCUCCGCCGCGAGGUCCGCCGCCGCGACGUUUCGAUCGUGUCGUUGGAGUCGAAGGUGAAGAAGAUGGAGGAGGACAGAGACCGGAGCUUGAAUCCGCCGCCGCCGCCUCCGGCAGAGGAUCUCCAUCGCGGCGGCGGAGGAGAAGAAACAGCGCCAUCGGAGAAACUCGCCGGAAAAUCAAACUCCGGCGAGGACUUCGUCUCCGAUUCCUCGGAACGCGAGAACCGAUCCUUCAACGAGUCCAAUUCCACAAGCCAGCGAAGCGACGCGAAGCCAAACGGCGUCGUCGAGAAAAAAGCGGAAGCCGACGUGGCGCCCGGCCCGGGAUCAGAUCCGGCCCAGCCUCAGACCCGAUCCGAACCGGCCUCCGCCAACGGGAAAGUGAUCGACGACGACGACGUGGAUGGAGGAGAGCCGUCGGGUCGACCCGACGAGGUGGUCGGGGCGAAACGGGCGGUGGAGAAGGAGGUGAGGAAGCAGAACAACAGCGAUGUGCAAAGCUCGGCUAGCUUGUCGAGGAAGAGGAAACGACGUCGUAAAGGUGGCGAGAGUAGCAGCGGCGAAGAGCCCGAGGGUGGUGAGGAAGUUUCUCCCGCCACCACGAAACGGGUUAAGCUCGUUAAACUUGAGCCGUUGGUCAAGGUCCUCAGGCUCGUCCGCUCUCAUCGGCUCGGCUCCGUUUUCCAGCGCCGGCUUCGGAGCCAGGAGUCACAAAGGUACAAGAACCUUAUUAGAGAACACGUGGACCUCCACGUGGUCCAAUCCAGGCUCGACAAAGGGGUCUACAAAGACUGCAGCCACAAGUUCUUCCGCGACCUCCUCCUCGUCUUCAGCAACGCCGUCGUCUUCUACCGCAAGGCCGCGCCGGAACACGUGGCGGCUCUAGAGCUACGCUCGCUGGUGUUGAAGGAAAUGAACGACCAGCUACCGAAACCUCAACCCGCCGUGAGUACAGUGAAGCCAAAGCCCAACAUAGAGUCGGAUAUCACUACUACUACUACUACAACGUCCAUGAGACCCAGCAAGUCGUCUUCGAUUGUUGUGUGUGGUAAACGUGGUUCCAUCAAUGCAUUAUCGGAGAACAAGAAAGGAACUGUUCGGAAGGUGGAGGUGGAAGAGAAAGAAGCGAAGGUGAAGGUUGAAGACAUUGAUGCUACGGUGAAGGUCGAGGAGAAGGGUGUGAGGAAGAGAAGGUCGACUCAAGAAAGAAGGGGAGGGGGAAGGCUGAGGACGACGACGACGAACAGGAAGAAUGUAGACGCGAAGACGAAUGUUAAUGAGUCCGGCGGAAAUGGAGUGAGUUUGCAUGAGGGUUUGGAGGUGGUGAAGACGGAGAAGAAAGAAGACCUGAAGAAGAAGCAAGGCGCCGCGAGCUUCUUGAAGAGAAUGAAGCAGAAUAGUGGGAGAGGAGUUGGGCGGGGUAGUAAUGGGUCGGAUGUUUCAGAGGAUGAGAGCAAGGAUUGCAUGGUGGAUGAAGAAGAGGAGGAUGAGGUGGAGGUAGAGCAGGAAGAAAAGAAGAAAAAGAGGACAGGUAGGAAGAAAACGGACCAGGUGGAGAAGAAAGAGAGGGUGACUCGUAGCGCUAGUGGAAAUCGGGGAAGGCGAGGGGGAAGAGGACAGGAGAGCGGUGGGAGGGGGAGGAGAGGGGUCGGGCGGCCGCCUAAGAAACCAGAGACGGCGGUGGCUGGAAGCGGAAAGAGGGGGAGAGACAAUGGCGAGGCGGAUCAGGUGGGAAGUGCAGGGAGGCCGAGGAAACGAACAAGGAGGUAA